UGAAAGAGAGAGAGAAAGAGAGAGAGAAAGAGAGAAGGCUGAUUAGAUUGGAGAGAGCCAAGGAGGUACGGCUGUACUAUUGAGCAGAGGGAGUGCGUGACUGAGUGAACGCCGAAUCACUGCGAAGUCCACAGCCAGGCGGACGAACUGGACCUAAAUCAACAAAUGGAGACUGAAAAACUGGAUGGAUACUGCGUAUAAAGGAGGAAGUGUUUGCCUUAAUGUGUGUGUAUCUCUGCAUCAGAGCUGCGAGAAACCCACGGGGAGGCGAGGGAAAAUAGCGGACAACUCAUUCGUCUCCCUUGGAAGCAGAGCAGUGAGCCGGAACAGAGUCAACCGUGGGACUCGCUGGGAUUUUGAAUAUAAUCUCACGCCGGUGUGUGUGUGUGUGUGUGAGUCAGUGUGUGUAAGCUGAUAAUAGCAGCUCCAUUGGUAUUCAGCGGAGGGAGCUCCAGGAUCUCGCUGCGCCUUUUCCCCGGGAUGGGAUCACAGAGCAGGGAUUGUGCUUGCCUGAGGAGAGCCCGCUGAAAUGGGCCCAAAGCCUGGGAGCGGUGGUCGCCGAAUGGCCGACGCGUUCCCUUCAGCAGUCAGCUUUCCACACCUGGCCAUCUCCAGCAUCUCCAGCCGUCCGCUGCAGCCAGCGCUGAGCCUGCAGAGUUGAGGUUGGGGUUGCCUGGAGCCAUCUGCAGGAAGCAGAGAUAAGCAGGCCUCGAAGGAGUCGACGUGCCACCAGCCACCAGUCAGUGCGUCGAGCAAUUAAGCUGCUUGAACUUCAUCUGAAAUGAAAUAUGAUGCGGUGAUGCUUGAGCAGCGGUACGGAGCUCUUGGACAUGUACGGAUUUAUUGGCCGGAUAUUUUGUUGAGUUUACGACACUUUUGGGGCGCACCUCAGUGCUGGGUCACUUUUUCCACAUAAGUUUGUGGGCAAAGGCGAGUAAUUGAAAAUCACCCCCCCUGGGAGGCUAGUUUUUAUUUUUACUUUUUAUUUUUUUAUUUUUUUCCAAAGGAGCGGCUUCUGUACCUGAAAUUUCCUGUCCCUUCUCUCACAUUGCAGAGAAAUACAUUAUGAAGCAGCACCAUUCUUCUUCAUCCUCCCUCAGUGACGGAGAGGGAAGAGGGACAGACUGUCCAGAAUAGAUAACGAAUAAGGAGACAGCCACAGAGCAAAGGAGAAGGAGGGGGGAGCAGAAAACAGAAGGACAGGUGGAGAAAAUAACACGAAAGGAGACAGACAGAAGAGAGAGAGCGAGAGAAAAAAAAAACAGAAUUAACUAGGAUUGUCCAGCGUCCCUUUUUUUAGACCUCCUGGGGUGUGUUGGAGGGAAGUUAACACCAUGGGCAGGGGAGGGGUCAGGAUUUCAGCCAGAGGGGGGGCUUGAGUUCACUGUCUGGUCUGAAGCUGCUGUCUCUGCGUGUUGGUGUUUGAACUAAACCAUGGCCCGGUAAACAGACACCUGUAAGGACUGACAGAGAAGCUCUGAGACAGAGAGGAAGACAGCUACACAGCCGAAGUGUCAGGCAAAAAAAAAAAAAGGCAGCAGACAUCCAGAGCUGGCAGAGCCCACGUUCUGCAUUUCAUUGUCAUUCCACUCAGUGUUUUCAGAGGAGGUAAGAAGAAGCGAAGAGGAGCAUCCUCGUGUUUGUGGCUCCUUUAGGAUCCAUCUAAGUCAGUACCGUUGCACUGAAGAAAGCCCAACAUACAGCAAAGGGAGGGUUGUUACUAAAAAGGAAAUCCAGGUUGGAAAGAGAGAGAGGGUGGGAGGCAGACAGACAGAAGCGGAGCGAGAGAGCAGGUGUCAGAAAUCCUCCCCUUCAUCUGCUUGUCAUUUACUCCUUUAUGCUCGCUCCUCGUUUGGCACAGGGAUUGAUUUUCUGACGCCGGCGUUACUCCUCCUAUAAGCCCUCUGCAGUCCCUGGGUGCAAGCGAGACAGAGGAGAGCAGAAAAAGACCACAACAACAACAACCACAAAAAAGGGAAAAGAUGGAGCCUUUCUCAUUGACUGAUUUUUCACCCCCUGCUUUUCCAGUUUGUCGAGAUGGCCUGUUGUUAUUUUUUCUCUGAGUAAAGCGAAAGAAGAAAAACACCCACCAAAUCAAUCCCUCAUUCUGUUUGUACUCAAGAACUGAAUCUCCCCUCUCAUCGACUGUUCCUCUACAUGGAUUACCUUUUCCUCUGAGUUUUAAACACUGGCUUGCUCCAGAUUUCCUCCACACAUCCUCCCUUCCAGUGACAAACUCCUCUAACUCCCCCGCCAGCCUCCGUCCCCCCUCACCUCAACUCUGUGCUCUCGGAUCCUAGCGCCCUCGUUGACUCACCACUACAGCUAUAGUAUGGCACGGCCCCUCUGAAACUGUCUGAAUCAUUCUGUGUUGGUACAGGCACCCAGCAGACCGUUCUCCAUGAGGAGCAGUAGAAGAUGCCGGCUCUGCCAGCACUGCUGCUGUCAAUACGCUUCCUCUCCUUCCUGCUAGUCACGAUGCCACCACUCUCCCUCAGUCAGGCCCCUCUGCUCUCCUCUGUCCGCAUGGCUGCCAUUCUGGAUGACCAGUCUGUGUGUGGGCGCGGGGAGCGGCUGGCGCUGGCCCUGGCCAGGGAGAACAUCAACAGCGUGAUAGAGGGUUCAGUGCAAGCCCGAGUGGAGGUGGACAUAUACGAGCUGCAAAAAGACUCCCAGUAUGACACCACUGACACCAUGUGCCAGAUUCUACCCAAAGGCGUCGUCUCUGUGAUCGGUCCAGCCUCCAGCCCCGCCUCCGGCUCUACUGUCAGUCACAUAUGUGGGGAGAAAGAGAUCCCUCAUGUAAAAAUUGGUCCAGAGGAAACUCCCCGCCUGCCUUACCUGCGCUUUGCCUCGGUUACUCUGUACCCCAGCAACGAGGAUCUGAGCCUGGCCAUAGGCUCCAUCUUGCGCUCAUUCAGCUACCCGUCUGCCAGCUUGGUCUGCGCCAAGGCUGAAUGCCUGCUGAGGUUGGAGGAACUCGUCCGUCGCUUUCUCAUCUCGCGGGAGACGCUGUCCGUCAGGAUGCUGGACGACAACCUGGACCCCACGCCCCUCCUAAAGGAGAUCCGUGACGACAAAGUAGCCACCAUCAUCAUUGACGCCAACGCUUCGGUCUCUUAUCUCAUCCUCAAGAAGGCGUCAGAGCUGGGAAUGACAUCAGCAUUUUAUAAGUACAUCCUCACCACCAUGGACUUUCCCCUCCUGAGACUGGAUGACAUUGUGGAUGAGCAGUCCAACAUCGUGGGUUUCUCCAUGUUCAACACCACACAUCCGUUCUUUUUGGAGUUCAUCAGGAGCCUGAACCUUUCAUGGAGGGAGGGCUGCGAUUUGACGUAUCCCGGCCCUGCGCUCUCUUCAGCGCUGAUGUUUGAUGCCGUUCAUGUGGUUGUGGGGGCCGUCAGGGAAUUGAACCGCAGUCAGGAAAUUGGAGUAAAGCCCCUGAGCUGCACCUCGCCUCAGAUCUGGCAACACGGGACCAGCCUCAUGAAUUAUCUUCGCAUGGUGGAGUAUGAUGGCCUGACGGGGCGAGUGGAGUUCAACAGCAAAGGUCAGAGAACCAACUACACCCUGCGGAUCCUGGAGAAACACAGAGGAGGCCACAAAGAGAUUGGGAUCUGGUACUCCAACAACACUUUGGCAAUGAACUCCACCAGUUUGGAUAUUAAUGUCUCAGAGACGCUGGCGAACAAGACCCUGAUUGUCACCACCAUCCUGGAGAACCCGUAUGUGAUGCGCAAGGACAAUUACCAGGAUUUCGAGGGAAACGAGCAGUACGAGGGUUUCUGUGUUGACAUGCUGAGGGAGCUGGCAGGCAUCUUAAAAUUCUCCUUCAAGAUCAAGCUGGUGGAUGACGGGCUGUAUGGGGCCCCGGAGCCCAACGGCUCUUGGACCGGCAUGGUAGGAGAGCUGAUCAACAGGAAAGCGGACCUGGCCGUGGCAGGCUUCACCAUCACAUCAGAGAGGGAGAAAGUUAUCGACUUCUCUAAGCCUUUCAUGACCCUGGGGAUCAGCAUCUUGUACCGAGUUCAAUUGGGUCGGAAGCCAGGCUACUUCUCCUUCCUGGAUCCUUUCUCUCCAGCUGUCUGGCUCUUCAUGUUACUCGCCUACCUGGCUGUCAGCUGCGUGCUCUUCCUGGCAGCAAGGUGGGCGUUCACGCUGAUCAUCAUCUCCUCCUACACGGCCAACUUGGCAGCCUUCCUGACCGUUCAGAGGAUGGAGGUUCCCAUCGAGUCUCCAGAUGAUUUGGCUGACCAGACCAACAUCGAGUACGGCACCAUUCAUGGAGGAAGCACCAUGACUUUCUUCAUGAACUCGCGGUACCAGACGUACCAGCGGAUGUGGAACUACAUGAACUCCAAACUGCCCAGCGUUUUUGUGAAAAGCACAGAGGAGGGCAUCGCCCGUGUUCUCAACUCCAAGUACGCCUUCCUGAUGGAAAGCACCAUGAACGAGUAUCACCGCGGCCUCAACUGCAACCUCACAAAGAUAGGAGGACUGCUGGACACCAAGGGCUACGGCAUCGGCAUGCCGCUAGGAUCUCCAUUCAGAGAAGAGAUCACGCAGGCCAUCCUCCAGCUGCAUGAGAAUAACAGGCUGGAGAUCCUGAAGAGGGGGUGGUGGGACGGAGGCCAGUGUCCCAAAGAGGAGGACCACCGUGCCAAGGGUCUGGGCAUGGAAAACAUUGGGGGCAUCUUCGUGGUGCUGAUCUGCGGCCUCAUCAUCGCCGUGUUUGUGGCUAUUAUGGAGUUUGUGUGGUCGACGCGCCGCUCGGCAGAGACUGAUGAGGUAUGCCCCCAUACCUGCCCUCGCCGACCUCACAGACACACCCCAGUGUCUGUCUGUCAAGAGAUGAUCACCGAGUUCAGAAACGCCGUCUCCUGUAAGAAGAGCUCCCGCAUGCGCCGCAGACGACCCCUGAGCAGCUCGGCGGCGCUGCGACACCCGACCCGCAUCGCGCUCGGAGCGCCCCGUCCGCUGCGCCUGGUCCGGGAGAUGCGGCUCAGCAACGGGAAGCUGUACAGCGGCGCCGGCCCCCUGACCGGUGGGGCGGGAGGGACAGGACUGCCCGAUCUGGGCCCCGGGCCCCAAAGGAUCCUAGAUGAUCCGCUCGGAGCGAACACCACCCCGCCUCCGCCGGCCCCCACGCCUGUGAUGCUGCCCRCCCGCAGCUGCAGCCACGUGAGGAUCUGCCAGGAGUGCAGAAGGAUCCAGAGCCUGAGGUCCGGUAGCUGUUUGGGGUCGGCGUCCACAAGGAUACCGCCCUCCUCCGCCCCGCUGCCGCGGCUACCUCCACCCCCACCGCCGUCCUCAUCCAACACAGACAGUGAGGGCGGAGGGGGGGCCAGUCCGAGGCGGCAGCAGCGCCACAGCUCUCCGCCUCCGUCACCUCGCCGCGUCCCYGCCCCCCCACAGAGCAGCAACAACACGGACCUGCUGGGAGACCAAGAGGGAGUGUAGGAGCGCUGGGUGGGUGGGAGACUCGGAGGAAUGGGUGAGGAGGUGGAGGAACACAAACUGUAAGUUUCUCCGGUUCACCCUGAGGCGUACAGAUACAGAACCGACUUUGUGAUGGUCAAAUAUUAGGCUGCUGUUUUUGGCUCAGAAGGAAAUUUUGGACAAAUCUGAGAGGAGCUGCAUUUUCCUGACGGAUGAUUUUCUCUCCUCUCGCGUCUCCUUCAGACUACGAAGUUCUGGGUUUCUUUUCCAGAGACUCUGCCGGAGGCUAACUCGCCCUUUUGGUAAAACUGAAGCCGAACUGGAGGCUUAAAAACAGCAACAAAAAAAAAAAAAAGACUUCCAGAGAAUUAUUUACUGUUUUUUUCUUUUGUUGUCUUUGUUUUGUUACCAUUGUUCUAAGUGGGAAUAAAUACAGACUAUGUGUAACA